AUGCGACCAAUUAUUGCAAGCGUCGUGGGCGUGGCCUCUGGGCUGCGUGAGCGUGUGGGGCCUCAGAGCGUCGUGGGCGUGGCCUCUGGGCUGCGUGAGCGUGUGGGGCCUCAGAGCGUCGUGGGCGUGGCCUCUGGGCUGCGUGAGGGGGGCCUCAGAGCGCCGUGGGCGUGGCCUCUGGGCUGCGUGAGCGUGUGGGGCCUCAGAGCGUCGUGGGCGUGGCCUCUGGGCUGCGCUGACGCGGGCGUCAGAGCGUCGUGGGCGUGGCCUCUGGGCAGCGGGAGCGGGGGCCUCAGAGCGUCGUGGGCGUGGCCUCUGGGCUGCGUUGACGCGGGCGUCAGAGCGUCGUGGGCGUGGCCUCUGGGCGACGAGUCGUCCGAGUCCUUCACCCUGGCCUCCAGCCCCGCCCGGCGUCGCCGGGCCAACGACCCCCGGGCCUCCAGUCCCGGCCUCGGCUCCCGGCGGGUAGAGGCCCUGACCUCCAGCCCCGGCCGGGACCUGCCCCCCUUUGAGGAUGAGUCCGAGGGACUCCUGGGGACACAGGGGCCCCUGGAGGACGAAGAGGAGGACGGAGAAGAGCUGAUCGGGGACGGCAUGGAGAGGGACUACCGCGCCAUCCCCGAGCUGGACGCGUACGAGGCGGACGGGCUGGCGCCGGACGACGACGACGUGCCCGAGCUCACGGCCAGCCAGCGCGCGGCCGCCGAGCGCGACAUGCGGCGGAGGGACCGGCUGGAGGGUCGCGGGCUGGGCCGCAUGCGCCGCGGGCUGCUCUACGACAGCGACGAGGACGACGAGGAGCGGCCGGCCCGCAAGCGGCGGCAGGUGGAGCGCGCCACGGAGCCGGGCGAGGACGACGAGGACGUGAUCGAGAGCAUCGAGAACCUGGAGGACCUCAAGGGCCACUCGGUGCGCGAGUGGGUGAGCCUGGCCGCGCCGCGCCUGGAGAUCCGCCACCGCUUCAAGGCCUUCCUGCGCUCGCACGUGGACGCGCGCGGACACAACGUCUUCAAGGAGCGCAUCAGCGACAUGUGCAAGGGUGCGCCGCACGCCCGCCCGGGACACGCCCACCGGGACACGCCCCCACUGGCCACGCCCCUCCCGGUCCCUGCCACUUCCCAGCCACGCCCCUCCAUGGCCAAGCCACGCCCCUCCUGGGCCACGCCCUCCCCUGACUGCCCCUCCAGUCCCUGCCACUUCCCACUUCUUCCUCCUCCUCUCUUCCUCUUCUCCUCCUUCUCCUCCUCCUCUUCCUCCUUGUCCUCCCCCUCCUCCGGGUCCGGCCAUGUCCCGGUGGCCACACGCUGGGGGAGGACGGGAGCUGCCUGGCCACCAGGCUGGACCGUGUACCAGAACUACCAACGCAUCCGGAUCCAGGAGAGCCCGGGCAAGGUGGCAGCCGGACGCCUGCCCCGCUCCAAGGACGCCAUCCUGCUGGCCGACCUCGUGGACAGCUGCAAGCCCGGCGACGAGAUCGAGCUGACCGGCAUCUACCACAACAACUACGACGGCUCGCUCAACACGGCCCACGGCUUCCCCGUCUUCGCCACCGUCAUCCUGGCCAACCACGUGGCCAAGAGGGACAACAAGGUGGCCGUCACGGAGCUGACGGACGAGGACGUCAAGAUGAUCACCGCGCUCUCCAAGGACCCGCAGAUCGCGGAGAAGAUCUUUGCGAGCAUCGCCCCUUCCAUCUACGGCCACGAGGACAUCAAGCGGGGCCUGGCGCUCGCCCUGUUCGGCGGGGAGCCCAAAAACCCAGGCGGCAAACACAAGGUCCGGGGCGACAUCAACGUCCUGCUGUGCGGGGACCCGGGCACGGCCAAGUCCCAGUUCCUCAAGUACGUGGAGAAGGUGGCGGGCCGCGCCGUCUUCACCACCGGCCAGGGCGCCUCGGCCGUGGGGCUCACCGCCUACGUGCAGCGCCACCCCGUCAGCCGCGAGUGGACCCUGGAGGCCGGGGCCCUGGUGCUGGCCGACCGCGGCGUGUGUCUCAUCGACGAGUUCGACAAGAUGAACGACCAGGACAGGACCAGCAUCCACGAGGCCAUGGAGCAGCAGAGCAUCUCGAUCUCCAAGGCCGGCAUCGUGACGUCCCUGCAGGCCCGCUGCACCGUCAUCGCGGCCGCCAACCCCAUAGGCGGCCGCUACGACCCGUCGCUGACGUUCGCGGAGAACGUGGACCUGACGGAGCCCAUCAUCUCGCGCUUCGACGUGCUGUGCGUGGUGCGCGACACGGUGGACCCCGUGCAGGACGAGAUGCUGGCCCGCUUCGUGGUGGGCAGCCACGUGCGGCAUCACCCCGGCAACAAGGGCGAGGCGGGCCCGGCCGGCGUCGCCCCCGCGGAGGCCGCCCUGCCCGGCGCGCGGGGAGUCCGGCCUCUACCCCAGGAGGCCCUGAGGAAGUACCUCCUGUACGCCAAGGACAAGGUCCACCCCAGGCUCAACCACAUGGACCAGGACAAGGUGGCCAAGAUGUACAGUGACCUCAGGAAGGAGUCCAUGGCCACGGGCAGCAUCCCGAUCACCGUGCGCCACAUCGAGUCCAUGAUCCGCCUGGCGGAGGCCCACGCCCGCCUCCACCUGCGCGACUACGUCGUGGAGGACGACGUGAACCUGGCCAUCCGCGUCAUGCUCGAGAGCUUCGUGGACACGCAGAAGUUCAGCGUGAUGCGCGGCAUGCGCAAGACUUUCUCCCGCUACCUGUCCUUCCGGCGGGACAACAACGAGCUCCUGCUGUUCGUCCUGAAGCAGCUGGUGGCCGAGCAGGUGGCAUACCAGCGCAACCGCUUCGGGGCCCAGCAGGACACCAUCGAGGUCCCCGAGAAGGACUUGGUGGAAAAGGCGCGGCAGAUCAACAUCCACAACCUCUCUGCCUUCUACGACAGCGAGCUGUUCCGCUUGCACAAGUUCAGCCUCGACCUCAAACGCAAGAUGAUCCUGCAGCAGUUCUGAGGCCCGUGAGCCUCGCUCGGCGGAGUCCGGCCUCCGUUUUCCUCCCUCCGCGCCGGGCGCCUCCGGACUCGGCCCCGCGGCCCCCGGGGGGGUGACGGGGUCGGUGUCUCUGGCGCGGACCCGGUGGUCGCCCUUGCUCAGGCCGGCCUCCACCUCCUGACCUCGAGCUCGGUCCUCCAGCCUCGGCCUCCCUCCCGAGUAGCUGGGCCUCUGGUUUUCGCCUCUCUCCUCUCCUCUAAGCGGGCUGAUCCGCUGAGCCUUGCGUCAGCGGGUUGCGAGUGGCUCGUCUUUUCGCUCUGUCCCCCGGGGUGCCUGGCGUGCCUGGGGGACCUUUUGGGGGACAGAGGAGGACAGGGGCGUCACCCGUUUGCCCCGAGUUUUGUGUCCCGGUUGCUUCGGCCUCCGUUGGCCAAAGAGCAGGCGGAAGGUGUCUGUCUGUCCUCAGACCCCCGUCCUCCGCUUUUCCGGGGACGGGUGACGCCCGUGUCCCCGCCUGUACAUUCGGGUUUUUAUAAGAGUAGCUUCGUUUUUAGUAAUAAAAAGUUUGAGUCAGUUGUAAA